GCGGACCCUGAGCUGGACCCCAGUCCUCUGCCAGAGAUCCUGCGUCCGCCGCGGCCCAGAAUUGUAAAACCGGUAAGAUCAAGUGCCUAUUGAAAGAGACUCACUCUUGGCUAAGAAGAGAAGUAGGAAAUAGGUUAAAUGGAAUCCACCCUUGGGAGCUAGAUGCUUGUGUAGCUGUUUUACCUCAUCAGUAUUUUGCAAUGAGUGGAGGAGGAGAGCAGCCAGAUAUCCUCAGUGUUGGAAUCCUGGUCAAAGAAAGAUGGAAAGUGUUAAGAAAGAUUGGGGGUGGGGGCUUUGGAGAAAUUUACGAUGCCUUGGACAUGCUCACCAGGGAGAAUGUGGCACUGAAGGUGGAGUCAGCUCAGCAGCCAAAGCAGGUUCUGAAGAUGGAAGUUGCUGUGUUGAAGAAACUGCAAGGGAAAGACCAUGUUUGUAGAUUUAUUGGCUGUGGGAGAAAUGAUCGUUUCAACUACGUGGUCAUGCAAUUGCAGGGUCGGAAUCUGGCAGAUCUUCGGCGUAGCCAAUCCCGGGGCACAUUCACUAUUAGCACUACUCUUCGUCUUGGGAAACAGAUUCUGGAGUCUAUUGAAAGUAUACAUUCUGUGGGAUUCCUUCACAGAGACAUCAAACCGUCAAACUUCGCCAUGGGACGCUUUCCCAGUACGUGUAGGAAAUGUUUUAUGCUUGAUUUUGGCUUGGCCCGACAAUUUACCAAUUCCUGUGGUGACGUCAGACCACCUCGUGCUGUGGCAGGCUUUCGAGGGACAGUUCGUUAUGCAUCAAUCAAUGCUCAUCGGAACAGGGAAAUGGGGAGACAUGAUGACCUUUGGUCUUUAUUCUACAUGUUGGUGGAGUUUGUGGUUGGUCAACUGCCUUGGAGGAAAAUAAAGGACAAGGAGCAAGUAGGCUCCAUUAAGGAGAGGUAUGACCACAGGCUCAUGCUGAAACACCUCCCUCCAGAAUUCAGCACCUUUCUUGACCAUAUUUCCUCUUUGGAUUAUUUUACAAAACCAGACUACCAGCUUCUAACAUCCGUGUUUGACAAUAGCAUCAAGACCUUUGGAGUAAUUGAGAGUGACCCCUUUGACUGGGAGAAGAGUGGAACUGACGGCUCCUUAACGACCACCACCACCUCGGCCACCCCUCAGCUGCACACCCGCCUGACCCCUGCUGCCAUCGGAAUUGCAAAUGCCACCCCCAUCCCAGGAGACUUGCUUCGAGAAAAUACAGAUGAAGUGUUUCCAGAUGAGCAGCUUAGUGAUGGGGAGAAUGGAGUCCCUGUUGGUGUAUCACCAGAUAGAUUGCCUGGAUCUCUGGGGCACCCUCGCCCUCAGGAAAAAGAUGUCUGGGAAGAGAUGGAUAUCAACAAGAACAAGAUAAAGCUCGGAAUUUGUAAAGCAGCUACUGAAGAAGAAAAUAGCCAUGGUCAAGUAAAUGGUGUUCUCAAUGCUCCAAGCCUUGGUUCACCAAUUCGUGUUCGAUCAGAGAUUACUCAGCCAGACAGAGAUGUUCCAUUAGUAAGGAAGUUACGUUCCAUUCACAGCUUUGAGCUGGAAAAACGCCUGACACUUGAGCCAAAGCCAGAUACUGACAAGUUUCUUGAGACCUGCAUGGAGAAAAUGCAGAAAGAUUCCAGUGCAGGAAAGGAACCUGUUCUCCCUGCUCUGCCUCCUAAGCCUUGUGUCCCUGCUGUGUCCCGCACUGACCACAUCUGGCACUAUGAUGAAGAAUAUCUUCCUGAUGUCUCCAAGCCUGCCUCUGUCAACACCCCAGAGCAGGCAGAUGGUGGUGGUAGCAAUGGAUUUAUAGCUGUUAACUUAAGCUCUUGCAAACAGGAGGUUGAUUCCAAAGAAUGGGUGAUUGUGGACAAGGAGCAAGACCUUCAGGACUUCAGGACAAAUGAGGUGUUAGGCCAUAAAACAACUGGAAGCCCUUCAGAUGAGGAGCCUGAAGUGCUUCAAGUCAUUGAAGGGUCACCACAAGAUGAAAAGAUCCAAGUAGGUCCUUGGACUGACAACCAUCACUUAAAGAAGGAAAGCUCAGGUGUGGUUUUAGCACUUUCUGCUGAAUGCCCUGCUCCUGCUGCUUCAGGACUGUACACAGACAGGCUAGACCUCCAGGCUGGAGCCGCAAGUCAGUUCUUCACAGUGACUCCCACAAGUCCAAUGGAGGCACAAGCAGAAGGACCCCUAACUGCGAUUACAAUUCCUAGACCUUCUGUGGCAUCAACACAGUCAACUUCAGGAAGCUUUCACUAUGGCCCACCACCAGAGAAGAAAGAUCUUCAGCCCUUGGAGCCUACUGUAGAACUUUACUCUCCAAGGGAGAACUUCUCGGGCUUGGUUGUGACAGAGGGUGAACCAGCUAGCGGAGGAAGCAGAGUGGAUUUGGGACUUCAGAUAGAUCACACUGGUCAUGACAUGUUACCUAAUAUGAGAGAUGGUGACACAUCUCAAGACUUGGGACCAAAAGACCCUCCUGACCAUAAUAGAUUAGCUGUGAAAGAAUUUGAAAAUGUCCCUGGAGAAGCCGAAGAGAAAAGCAUUCUUCUGGGCUCAGACCGUGAAGAUGAGAAGUUAAGUAAAGGGCAGCACUGUAUUGAACCCUCUCUCCCAGGAGAUUUAGUGACGGCAGAAAGGGACCCUUCAGCUACCACAGAACCUCUGGAUGUCUCAAAGACACAGGACUUUAGUGUGCUGCCAAAUCAGGACAAAAACCAUGAGAUAAUGAAGCUUUUGGCAGUUGGAACUUCAGAAAUUUCUCCACAAGCCACUGACCCACAUGCUGAAGGGCAGAUAGGCCAGGUGGCAGCAAUGCAAACAAAUAAGCUGUUUAAAGAUGAUGAUGCUAAGAGUGAAAACUUGCCAGGGCAGCAGGGAGACCUCUCUACUUUUUUGCACCAAGAGGGUAAGAGAGAGAAAGCUGCCCCUAGAAACGGAGAGCUCUAUCAUUGUGUCUCAGAGAACGAGCAUGGGCCUCCUACCCGGAAGGACGUGCUUCGGUCAUCCUUUGUGACCAGGCACAGCCGGAUCCCUGUUUUAGCACAAGAAAUAGACUCAACUUUUGAAUCAUCCUCCACAGUUUCUGCAAAAGAAAAGCUUCUACAGAAGAAAGCCUAUCAGCCAGAAAUAGUAAAACUUCUGGUAGAAAAAAGGCAGUUCAAGUCUUUCCUGGGGGACCUCUCAAGUGCCUCUGAUAAGCUGAUAGAGGAGAAACUAGCCGCUGCUCCAGUUCCCUUUUCUGAAGAGGAAGUCUUCGCUCCCUUUUCCAGACUGGCAGUAGAUUCCCACCUGAGUAGAUCAGUUGAAGAUAGCUUUCUGUCACCCAUCAUCUCCCAGUCUAGAAAGAGCAAGAUUCCAAGGCCAGUAUCCUGGGUCAGCACAGAUCAAAUUAAUAGCUCAGCUUCACCUCAGUUCUUGCCUCGGCCGCCACCGGGAAAGCCACCAGUCAGGCCUGGAGUAGAAGCCAGGCUACGCAGAUAUAAAGUUCUAGGGAGUAGUAACUCUGACUCAGACCUUUUCUCUCGCCUGGCCCAAAUUCUUCAAAAUGGAUCUCAGAAAUCCCGCAGUACUACCCAAUGCAAGAGCCCAGGAUCUCCUCACAAUCCAAAAACACCACCCAAGAGUCCAGUUGUACCUCGAAGGAGUCCCAGUGCCUCUCCUCGAAGCUCAUCCUUGCCUCGAACAUCUAGUUCCUCACCAUCUAGGGCUGGACGGCCCCACCAUGACCAGAGGAGUUCUUCCCCGCAUCUGGGGAGAAGCAAGUCACCCCCCAGCCACUCAGGAUCAUCAUCCUCCAGGAGGUCCUGCCAACAGGAGCAUUGCAAACCCAGCAAGAAUGGCCCAAAAGGAUCUGGCAGCCUCCACCACCACUCAGCCAGCUCUAAAACUCCCCCAGGGAAGAGUAAGCCAGCCAGUAAACUCAGCAGAUAGGAAGUGAGCGGGCUGCGUCUCUGGGAAAGGUGUGAGAUCCUCCUCCUAGACCUGAUGCAUGUGUGUCCCUGUACUGUCUGUUUCAAACAAUCAGUGUUGAUCUUCUCUUUCAAAAGAAAGUAACAUGAUCAGUUAUUUAUAACAAGACAUAAGUGUAAUUAGCUAGGGCAGGUAGAAAGCCCAGCCAGAGUCUGUGCCUCUGCAUCGGAAGCUUCAGUGCAGCACAGUCCAAGGGGAAGAAACUCACUAACUGGCUCUUGUUUAUAGCUGCCUUUGAAACAGAAAAUUGAGGAUAGGAAAUAGAAUGGGAUUUUAAGUGAUUUUGCCUAAUUUGUUAAUCCUCUACUCAAAAAGUAUAUAGCAAAAGUAUUUGAUAUUUUUAUUUAAAACUUCCUAACCUUGGAGAGUCAUUGCACAGACGUUCAAAUAUAAGAAGCCUGUUGCCAGGAAACUAUUACCUGGGUAUAUUUGGUUUGUGUGUUUAUUUAGUGAAUCUACACCUUUCUUUCCACUCAUUACUAGUAUCUUUCCUGGAUUUUACAUUUUUUAAAGUUAAUGUUUUUACCUCUUAUUUUACAAUACAUGUUAAUGUGUGUUUCAUCAGCACACGAUAACACUCUAAAUCCAAUUACCUUUAUUUAGUCAAACCUUCCUAUUCUCCUUUGAGCAAAAGUUCUUAUUCUUAAUUCCUAUGUUUUAUCUCAAAAAGGAAAGAAAUGUCUAGCUAGAGCUAUUUUGGGCAGGUGUGCUGGGAAAGGGAGAGAGAGCAGGACAAUGGCUUUCAAAGGUACAAGCUGACCCUCCCCCUGACUACAUUUCCUCCUCACAGAAGGAGACUGCAGAGGAGACAGCUUUCCUGGGUUCUUUCUAGUGUCAGCCUUCAGGGUGAUAUAGGAAAGAGCACCACUUCGGAAUGUGGCUUAUACUUUUAGAGAUUUAGAAAGAAAUAAAAAAAUCAGAUUUUGUAUUUUAUACAUUUAGCCAAUAAGGAAUGAAUAUCUGGGAAAUAAAUUUAGACUAAAGAGUUUUCUUUCAAUGUUUAUUACCUGGUUCUUGUGUGUUGUUUAAUGCUUGGGCUUCUUAGCUUGAUUUCCACAUUUAUAACAAGACAUAAGUGUAAUUAGCUAGGGCAGGUAGGAAGCCCAGCCAGAGUCCGUGCCUCUGCAUCGGAAGCUUCCGGGCAGCACAGUCCAAGGGGAAGAAACUCACUAACUGGCUCUUGUUUAUAGAUGCUGUUGACAUCUAAAUUUCAAUUUAUAAAGUUGUGAGGAUGAUCAUAUUUGUUCUAAUCUCACUCUCCUACUAGCAGAAAUCAGACAAAUUAAAGACAACAGACUUUUUAAGUGGGCUAUUUGAUGCCCUGUGGGUGUAUAAAAACCUUAUUGAGGUCAGGGAAAUUGAUCUGCCUGCUGUUGAAAUCUGCCUUCUAACAAACAUCUACUUUUUGACUUUGUAUUGCUGUCAAACCUAAAACAGUUGAAUUCCAGGAGGCGUGGGGGUGGAAAAGGAAACGUGUUUCUUCACUAGGUGAUCACUGAGUAUGUUCCAGUGGUGCAGCCCAGCUGCCCUGGCGCUGCACUCGCUCAGCUUAUUUUGUGUUGAGCAUUUUCAAACUUGGGACACUACUACAGUGAGACAUAAAGUCUCCCAUGAGAAAUGUGGCAUAGUUGGAAUCUUAGUUUCUUUCCAGCAUCAAGCACUUGAGAGCGGUGCAGUAGGUAAGGCACAUUUGUUGUUUAUCUAUUACAACUGUAAUACUGGAGACUGAUCUUCAUGUAUUAUAUUGUAUAACAGCUGAUGCAGUACUGCUUGCAUGUCUUUCAUGGUAAAUUAUAUAUAAAUAUUUAUAAAUAUAGAGACAUAUGCUUAUAUAAAUCCAUUUUUCUCAUCCUGCAUUUGUAAUUUCAAGAUUAUAGAUGAUAAAAUUCCUUUUCUAUUGUGUGCCUCGUGUACACUUGGGCAUUGCCUAUCUUCAUUUUCUGAAAAUAUGUUCUUGGCAUGUGAUACUGAAGAGUUGUCCUGCCUUCUGGGUGCGCAGUGCAGCAGUUGGCAGCCUUUACCAAGCCAAGGUGUAAGAUACUUAAUUUUCAUCUAAAAAGUAUUUUAAUAGGGGAAAAUUUUAACAGGAUAUGCUUGUAAUACAGGCUCAAAUAUUACCCAUGUUAGCCACAUGGUUCUGUCCUUAUGGUUAGAGUGGAUAGAUGGGCAUUAUUAUUAUGCAGCUGGCAUCAACUGUUUUUAAAAACAUUUCCUGAAAGUUGCCUCUUUCAUGUCAUUCUUUUGAAGGGGCAUGGGAAUAGGAUGUAGGAUAACUGACAUUAUCUCUUUUCUGUUACAUUAGCUAAAUGAUGCUAAAAGUAGCCAGCUUUCUCACUGUCCUCUCUAGUCAGAAAUGUGCUAAAAGUAACUAGGAAAGCGAACAGGGCCCAGCCUUUUUCUUUGAAUGUCUCUGCUGGCAGUCAUGCUGACACAGGAUGCUUUCUGUCUGGGUUUACUUUCUCCUACCUUUCAGUGUGUUGCCUCUUUUUCUACAUGUCAUUUACAAACACAUCAAAAUCCAGAGAUAAAAGGCCCCAUUAUGUGAGAAUGUUUUAUUUUGUAUGUAGGGAAAAGAGCCAACCAAAGAUGUUUCUGCUCUGAAGAAAAGGAAAUGGAUUAAUUAAUUAUAUCUUAUGUAUCAGUACUACUAAGUGCUGUCCUGAUACAGAGAUUAAAAAGUGGAGCUGGGCGUUAUGGCACACAUUUUGAUCCUAGCACUCUGGAGGAAGGGGCAGGCAAAUUUCUGAGUUGGAGGCCAGCCUGGUCUACAAAGUGAGUUCCAGCACAGCCAGGGCUACACAGAGAAACCCUGUCUUGAACAAACAAACAAACAAACAAAAGAUUAAAAAACAUAGUUUGUGCUUUUAGAUAUUACAUUUCUUUCAGGUUAAAAAUAGAAGUUGGCAGCCUUAAGCCAACUCUUGGCUCAGGAGAAUGAUCUAGAGAAUUAAGCUUUUGUUUUGGUUUGGAUUUUCAGUUCUUUAUUUUGAGGUUUUUAUUGAUGGCGUAUUCCAGAUUUCAGUCACAAAUCAUCCAAAUAAGGUGAAGAACAUGACUGUAGCCACAAUAGAGGUAGUGUAUGACAGAAAUUAUCUUUUGGGAAACAAGUACAUCCUGGCCUCUAUCUGCACAGGUUACUAACUCAAGCCUUUUAGUCCCUGUGAUUAUUUCAGUGGAGCAAAGAAUGGACACUUAGUUCCUAAUUUUAGGUAAUGUUGCCCCCAAAUUAUACUACUGACCUAUAGGCUUUGUGAAUUGCUUGAAAUAUUAAAAUCAUACCUUGUAAUAUUGGACAGCCUAAAGAUAUUUGACUUUAAUGGAUAGUGAAAACGGGGAAUUGGAUCCUAUCUGAUUCAACAUUAGGAUAGAGACCUUAAGUCACCUGGAUGAAGUGUCCAGGCACUUCUAUCUACAGCUCUGCAUACAAGCUGGCCUUGCAGACAGGAGCACAGCCACUUUUAGUUUAGUUGCAUGCUUUACAAUGAAUGUUUUUGGUAAAAGUUGCAAUAAGUUAAUCAAGGCCUAAAAAAAAAAAUCAUAGCAAAAUGGUCAAAGCCUCAUUGUCUCGUCAUCCGCGGUACAUUAUCUGCUCUAGCGUACUAAUCCACUGUGUGCUGAUGGCGUUCCACACGUGCAGGAUCUCUGUCCAUCCUACUCCUGGCCACUGUGGAAACAUGAGGGUCUGCAGCAGGUACCAGAGACUUUCUCCCAGUCACAGAUUCCUAGGCUACUGUUUCUGUGAUUGUAUCCAUUGUACAAAGGAAAAGGUAUACAUUGCUGCAUGUUUUAUAAACCUAGACCACAUAGCUAGCCAAGUAAUAAUGAGAUUUUCUACACCCAAUAACCUUGACAAACAGGUGCCUUUUCCUGAAGGGCAGAAAAUUUUACAUUUCUAAUCUAACAUUAGGAAUUGGUGAUAGGAGAAACAGGAUCCACAAUUUAGUGGCUUAAGGGAAAAAAAUGCAUCUUGAAAAUGCUAUCUUAAAAUAUAUUUAUAGAUAAUCUAGAUUUAGCCUUGGAGAUCAAAGUUUCUCAUAUUUAAAAAACUUGUUAGCUAGGUGUGAUGGCUCAUGUUUCUAACCAGUACUUGAGGGACUGAGGUGGGAAGAUGGAAUGGUCUGAAGGCAACCUCCACUUCAUAGUGAUUUCAAGUCCACCUGGGCUGUAGUGUGGGACCCUCUCCCAAAAAAACAAAACAAAAACAUUAUUUUUUUAAUUAUUUUUUUAAGUUUUCAUACAUGUGUGUAUAUAUUAUACGUUGGCUGUUCCUCUCACUUGUUUGUAUAUGUCAGGCAUGUCUUUAACAAUUACUUCUGUCAUGUUCAUAGUUUGCAUUUACUUUUUUACAAUGUGCCUGUCUAUGGCUUUGGAAUAUUGUUUCUGGAGAGAGGUCAUUUAGCACCUCUGUCACUGAGGUAAUAGGACAUAUGUAACCAACUUAUGUACUGCUUAAAUUUCUUGAAUUUUGGUCUAUAGACAACAUAUUUGCAGAAUAGCUAUUUAUGUUUUAAUCCAAAUGCAUUAUAGGAUUACAGCAUGUAACAACUCUGGUGAUCUUUACAUGCCAACAGUACAUAUAGUCCCUAUAUACAAAACUUGGAAGCCACUGUGGUGCAUAUUAGACUGUAACUUAUAGAAGGAAACUAGAGGCAGCUCCACAACUAAGACAGUGGGAGGUGUCUGGUAAGCAUGUCCCACAUCUGUCCUCACCAAAACUUUACAAAACUCUAGUGUGCACUCAGUAUGUAAGUAAAGUGGAAACUCCUCAUAUUAUUGGGUAUUUGCCUUAUUUUAUCCAUUUCUCCAGAAAUUUAACACAUCUUGGGGCCUUAAGAAUCUUGUUAUACAACAUUGCUUUCCUGAAUUGCAGGAAGUGGGAAAUUCCUAGGUAAUUCCCAAGUAUGAAACAAGAACCCCUAUUUACUUAGAGGAGACUAUGGGUAAAAUAUAUAGGCUUUCAGGUAAGUUCUUCCUCUUGUGAGAGGAUUUGUAUCUGAAAAUUAGUGACAAGAUCAUCUCUUGGCUUCACAAAAUCUCAAGAUGCUAAAUAACAGAUUUACUCAGUAAUGAUUUCAGUAUUUGCUCCCAUACAAGUACUAAUAACACUGACAGCUAAGGCAAGUUCAAGGUGAUGGGAUGAUUCCUAUACUGUGCUCAAUCCUUGGUUUUAUGGAGCCCAGUAACAAAAGUGAUGUUCCUUUCAUUGCCCUUACAAUGUAACAAGUUUCUGCCUUCUCUAAUUGGAGGUGAUAGUAUCUACACUACAGGCUCAUUGUGAUACUGACCACAUCUCCUGGUACCUUCAACCAGAAUUUCUAAACCAACAGCAGUAUGAAUGAGGCAGAUCUCCGAGACUAAUAGAAUUACAGAAUUUGCUAAUAAAAUUAUUUUACAUUAACAUAUAUUUCUCUUGAUAAUUUAAAUUUAUUUUGUAUUGUAUACAUGAUUGUUCACCUAAAGACAUUAGUAAACCAAGUUUUUAUGUAGACUAUCCUUGCCAUAUGAUACUUUUUAAAAAUCUCAUAAACAUAAUUUAAAACCUCAAAAAUUCACUUGUAUCAAAGUUGGAACGUGCCGGGUGUUUUCUGCUCACACAGCAGUAAACAAGGCUACAGAGUUUGGCUGUGAUUUAUUUUAGGGAGUUUGCUGAGAAGAAAGCUUUGAGACUUUAUUCAAGACAGUUUGUUUUGGUUUUCUGAGAUGGGGGGUUUUCUGUGUAGCCCUGGCCUGGAACUUGUUUUGUAGAUGAGGCUGGCCUUAAACUCCAUAUCUUCCUGCCUCUGCCUCCUGAGUACUGAGACAAAAGGUUUGCACCACCAUGCCUGGCUAAAAUAGUUUUAUUAAACUAUAAAUCAAUUAAUGAAAUUAGUUCUCUAAGAUAAUUAAGAAAUUAAAAUAUAGGAAAUAGAUUUUCUUUUAAAACAAAGGAAAUGUAGCACUGGACCACUCAGGACUUUGAAGUGGGAUUGGAUUUCCUAGACUUGGUGGUAUAUGCCUAUAAUCUCAACAUUUAGGAGGUAAGGGCAGGAAUAGGAGUUAAAGGUCAUACAUAAUGAGCUACAUAAUGAGUUGGAAGCUAACUUGGGCUCUAUGAGACCCUGACUCAAAACAGGGGAGAGGGAAGGCAAAAACAAAAUCUUAACUGAGAGAGAUUGGAUUGUUGGGUGAGUUGAGUAGACAGAACAGAUCUGAUGACCCGGGCUUGAGCCACCUUGCUGUUCCCUGAUGCACAGUUCUUAUUCUCCUUUGACACUGACCCUAAAUAGCAUCUAUUUCAUCAGACUAUUUAUUUACAGAGUCCAAAUUUUUCAGAAAAGGAGGCACAUCUCAUUUUGUAUUAGAUAUAAUAAGUUCAUAAGUUAUUAUUGACAAAUGUUAUCAAAUUUAGUCACAACCCAAAUUCUCUUACUGAACAAGAGAAAUAAAUGUUUUACUGUCCUCCUCUUAAUGAGGACUUGCUGUUUGAAGUUCUUUUCAAUGUAUUACAUUGUAUCCUUUCUCCUUCAAGCAUCUUCCCGUUAUAUGUUUUUGCUCAGGCAACCACAGCAUAGAGUAUUGAAAACAUGCAGUGCUUUUGUAUAGGCCAUCUGUACAUAAAAGUGUAAUUAUUUAUUUAAUUUUCCCAUUUGUACCAUAUUAAAGCUUUGUACAGUGUUUUAAGUUCUGUUUUAAAAUUAUUUUGUAUUUUAUUUUUAUAAUCUAGUAAUAAAACAUUCAGUCCGCAUGCAAACUUUAA